UCACCCCACGGUCCAUCAAAUUCAAUCUCUGUCUUCCGAAUUCAUAUCUGAAGAGAUCAGAGUUUUAGAGAAAAUGGAGAUAGCCCUGAGACUACUCGAUAGUAAGGUUGUGAUGGCAGUCGCGGUUGUAUUCUUUCUGAGGCUGGUGUUCCGGCUGUACAAUGCGCUCAUCGUGAAGCCGAGGAAACUCCGCCAGAUGCUCAAGGAGCAAGGGAUCGACGGGCCGCACCAAACUCUGCUGCUCGGGAACAUUAGGGAAAUAAGAAAGGCAAGGACCUCUAGUUCCCCGAAGGCCGCCCCGGGGGUGAAGCCCAUCCACCACGACUGCGCCGGGGCCCUCUUCCCGUUCUUCGAUCAAUGGAGGAAGCAAUAUGGUGAAAUGUUUGUGUUUGGAUUGGGUACCACACAAAUAGUGUACGUGACGCAGCCAGACGUGGUGAAGGACAUGACCACCUGCACCUCCCUCGACCUUGGAAAGCCGUCGUACCAGCACAAGGAGCGUGGCCCGCUUCUCGGCCAGGGCAUCCUCACCUCCAACGGCGCCGUCUGGGCGCACCAGAGGAAGAUACUCGCCCCCGAACUCUACAUGGAGAAGGUCAAGGGAAUGGUGGGUCUGGUGAACGAGUCGACAGCCACACUGGUGAAGUCAUGGAAGAGCCUUGUAGAGGACGGUGCGGGAGAGGCGGAGGUCAACAUCGACGAGCACAUGAGGAGCUUCUCCGGAGACGUGAUCUCGAGGGCCUGCUUCGGGAGCAACUACGCCAAGGGAGAGGAGAUCUUCGUGAAGCUCAGAGCUCUCCAGGAGGCCAUGUCCAAGAAGGUCCUGUCCACCGGCAUCCCCGGGAUGAGGUACAUCCCGACGAAGAGCAACCGGGAGGCGUGGGCCCUGGAGAAGGAGGUGAAGACGCUGAUCCUGGACGUGGUGAAGGAGAGGCAGGCGGCCGCCUACGAGAAGGACCUGCUCCAGAUGGUGCUCGAGGGCGCUAAGAACAGCGACCUGAGCCAGGAGGCCACCGACCGAUUCAUCGUCGACAACUGCAAGAACAUAUACCUGGCCGGGUUCGAGACGACCGCUGUAUCCGCCACAUGGAGCCUGAUGCUCCUCGCUGCCUACCCUGAAUGGCAGGACCGUGUCCGAUCUGAGGCCCUCGAGAUAUGCGGCGGCCGCCUCCCCGACUCCGACAUGCUCCGCAAGAUGAAGCAGCUCAACAUGGUGAUCCACGAGUCGCUCCGGCUGUAUUCCCCGGUGCCGGUUGUCUCGAGAGAGGCCCUAAAGAACAUGAAGUUCGGGGACCUCAAGGUGCCCGAAGGAGUAAACGUGUGGAGCCUGGUGCUGAAUCUGCACACUGACCCGGAAAUCUGGGGCCCAGACGCAUUCGAGUUCAAUCCCGAGAGGUUCGCCAACGGGAUUACUGGCGCGUGCAAGCUCCCCCACCUGUACAUGCCCUUUGGGGUCGGGCCUCGGGUGUGCCUCGGGCAGAACCUUGCGAUGGUAGAGCUCAAGAUCCUUCUGUCUCAGCUCGUGUGCAACUUCUCCUUCACCCUUUCCCCCAAGUACGUCCACUCCCCGGCUCUUCGGCUGGUCAUUGAGCCCGAAUUCGGUGUCGAUAUCCUGGUGAAGAAGUUGUGAUAGCCGUCAACCAUCGAGUUCCGAUCUAAAUAAUUCCAUAUCUAUCGAUCACACAAACCCUAUAUAGCUUUGUUUCACCCGUUCCUUUCGGUUUUUCCUUUUCCUUUUCCUUAAUCGGGCAUGGAGCACCCUUUUACUGUAUCAAUUGUUUUGAGUCUCUGUAAGUUCUAUACGCCAUCCAUUGUACAUGCGGGGCCCUAAUGAAAGAGAGAUGAUAAUUUCCAUUUUCUCUUUGGUUGAGUUGGACUGAUGGACCUCUUAAACGAGGGUUAUGGCAGUUCUGUAUUUGGUCUGGUUAGGAAAAAUUCCUCUCUUUUUUUUUUCA